AUGAUGGAAAACUACCCAGGUCAGAAGUUCAGGUUCCCAGGCCCCUCCGGCAAUAAGGGUGGGCAGAUAACAGGAACUUGCCUUCAGGUCUUAUCAGAAGGAGGGAAACAAGAAGUAUUUGCUAGACAAGAUUAUAGUCACAAGCUGGAGACAGUGACCUUUGAGGAUGUGGCUGUGGACUUCACCUUAGAAGAAUGGGCUUUGCUGGAUUCCAGUCAAAAGAAGCUCUACAGAGAUGUGAUGAAGGAGACAUUUUUCAACCUGAUCUCCAUAGAGAAAACACUAGAAGAAAAUACUGAAGAGGACUACCAAGAUCUCAGAAGAAAUAUGAGAAGUCCAGUGCUUGAGGAAGACUGUGGAUAUGAAUGUGAUACUGAGUGUGAUAAAAAUCAGGAAGCUGUUACAGAGAAUAUCACCAGUAAAGAUAUGUCUCCUGGAGUAAGAGUUCAUGACAGCCAAUUGCUUGUAAGAAACAUCAUUGGCCAUUCAUCCUCACAUGACUCUCUCAGAGACCUAACUACACAGAUACUAUCUGUGUAUGCCAAAGCUAUGGUAAAUUCUUAUAGAUAUCAGGGACAUUGGAAAGAUAUCAGUCAUUGUGAAUCACAUGAGGUACUUGAAGUUUCUAAGGAGAAACCCUGGAAAUGUCAACAAUGUGAUGAAGUCUGUAGGAGUGUCUCUUCUGAUCAUCCUCAGCAGAGAAGUCACACUGGAGACAAGCUCAAUGACAGUGACUCUGUGAGUGACACACAUGACCAGAAUGAUAAAGGGAUCCAUAAAGAAGUGAAACACUUUGUAUGUAAGCUUGUUGAUGGAUCCUUCCUUAAUUCUAGUGAGUUUUUCAACCACGAAAAAAGUCACAUUGAACAGGAAAGGUUCAAUUGUAGGCAAUAUGGGAAAACAUCUAAAAAUGCUGAAUGUUUUGAGAGUCAUAAAGUAACUGACACAGAAGACAAGCCUUAUGCUUUUAGGCAUUGUGGAAAAGCAUUUACCACCUCUAGUAUUCUGAAUGUUCAUGAAAGGAUUCACAGAGGAGAGAAACCUUAUACUUGUAAACAUUGGGGAAAACCCUUCAGUCACUCCAGUAGUCAUAAAAAACACGAAAGGAAGCACACAGGAAGGAAGUCUCAUGUAUGUAGGCACUGUGGAAAAGUCUUCACGGACCUCAGUAGUCAAAAACUACAUGAGCAGGCUCACACUGCAGAAAAGCCUUAUGCAUGUAAGCAGUGUGGGAAAGCAUUUACUCGCUCGAGUACUCUCAUCAUUCAUGGAAGGAUUCACACUGGAGAGAAGCCUUAUGCAUGCAUGUAUUGCAGGAAAUCUUUCAGGGAUUCCAGUAGUCAUAAGAGACAUGAACGGAGACACACUGGAGAAAAGCCUUAUGCAUGCAGGUUUUGCAGUAAAGCUUUCAGGCACUCCAGUAGUCGUAACAGACAUGAACAGACACACACAGGGGAGAAUCCGUAUGCUUGCAGUAAAGCUGUCAGCGACUCCAGUAGUCAUAAGAGACACGAACAGAGAUACCCUGGAGAGAAGCUUUAUGCAUGCAGGUUUUGCAGUAAAGCUUUCAGGCACUCCAGUAGUUGUAACAGACAUGAAAGAAGGCACACUGGAGAGAAGCCUUAUCCAUGUAAAUAUUGUGGAAAAGCUUUUAUUGACUCUAGGAAUCUUAAGGGACAUGAGAGUCUUCACACUGGAGAGAAGCUGUAUGCAUGCAAGCAGUGUGGAAAAGCAUUUACACGCUCCAGUACUCUUAUCAUUCAUGGAAGAAUUCACAGUGGAGAAAAGCCUUAUGCAUGCAAGCAUUGCAGGAAAGCUUUCAGGAACUCCAGUAAUCGUAACAAACAUGAACAGACUCACACUGAAGAGAAGCCUUAUGGUUGCAAGCACUGCAACAAAGCUUUCAGGGACUCCUGUAGUCGUAACAGGCAUGAAAGAAAGCACACUUGAGAGAAACCUUAUGCAUGUAAACACGUAGGAAAACCUCCAACAUUUCUACUUGUCCUCAACUUGCAUGAAAAAAAUCCCAAUGGAGAGAAACCCUUUAUAUGUAAAAUGUGGGAAACUGUUCAUUCAUGCUAGUGAUCUUAACAGACAUGAAAGAGUUCACUCAAAAGUCAGGCCGUAUGCAUGGAAGUAUUUGCAAAGCCUUCACCUGCUCUGUGACAGUAGUCAGUAGGCUCAUGCUUGUUGGCAUUGUGGGAAAGCCUCCACUAGUUCUACAUGGCACUAGAGUAAUUAAAACAUUCACAGUGGAGAGAAACCCUUUAUAAACAUUAGGGAAUGUGUUUCUUUGUUCUUGUCAUUUUCUCAAGCAUAAAAGACCUCACACUGGUGAGAAGCCUUAUCAGUUUCAGCAUGGUGGGAAAGCCUUGACCACUCCAGUUUCUGUAACCCUCAUGUAAGAAUUUGUACUGACAAGAAGCCCAUUGCUUGUACACAUUUCAGUAUUGUUCAAAAUCCUUCCCCAGUUGCUGCUGUCAUGAUCUCAAGAAUUCACCCUGGAGAGAGUCCUUACAUUGGGACUAUGUGGCAAAUCCUUCAGCAGCUUUAUAUUUUCCCUCAAGUGGUGAAAGCCUUUUUUGGGGGAAUAAAUGUGGGAAAAUAUUUAGUGUUUAGAAUGAAUA